GUCUUACAGUAUUACUCAGGCAUCUCUUUCUCAGUCUGACGCCAGGCUGCUGUUCAGUCAGGAUACUCCAGCUUGUAGCAGAGCCAACAUUUCACUGCAUCACUAUAGUAUAUAGCCGUGUUGAAGAUUUUGCCCCAGGUCUUUACUGCAGGUGAUGAAGUGUUUUCAAUGCUGUUACUUCAACUCUGGAGCUGCAGGAAUGCUAUCAGCAUGAGAGAGCAUUUAGCCCAGAUCUUCCAUGAUCAUAAUGAAUGAUUGACUCUUUGGCUCUCAGUAUGUCUUGUGUGGAUGUAUGGAUUUACUGGCUCCUGUGGAUGAUUUAGAAGCAUAUUCUUACACUUGGAGGUGUUUGUCAUUGUGCGAGCCACCGGAGUGCUUUACUACCAAAGGAACACACUCAGUUUUGUUCUUUCCAGCUUACUUGAAUGCUACAGCUGUAGUGACAGCAGCAGUGGAGAGCCAUAACCCCCCCAGCUGCUGCACAGAGUACAGCCUGACAUGGAGAUAACCUGUGCUUUAUUUUAGGUAAUGUAGUUUGAAGAAAUUAACCCUGGUUUAAGAGCUCUGCCUGGGAAGGACACAUACACACACAUACACACACAGAGCAAUAGAACAGUCUGAAAGUUAGUGAGAAGCUGUAAUGUGCUGUGUACACUCUCCUCAGAGCUGCCCAUGCGGUGUUUCAGACUCUUAGGUAAGUGAAGUGUGGAGCCAUGAGGCUGCUGUGCUGGUUAAAGGGAGGCAGGUUCUCUGUAACCCCAUUGCUGCUGCUCCUGCUCUGCUGUCCUUCUGUUUCUAUCCAUCCCAGAUCUUCUUAUCCCCACGAGCCUCACAAACCCAUGCACAAACAGGAAAACAUUACACUGGCUGUUAUUCUGCCUAAGGACAAUACCUCAUACCCAUGGGCCUGGCCACGUGUCGGACCUGCCCUACUGCGUGCAAUAGAACUCAUCAACGCCGAUUCUUUGCUCCUGCCUGGGUACAGACUGCGACACGUUUUUAACAACAGUGAGAAUGCUGAUGGUAUUUGCUCUGAGUCUGUUGCGCCCCAAAUGGCUGUGUACCUGAAGUUCACUCAUGAGCCAUGGGCUUUCAUUGGCCCAGGCUGUGACUACACAGCCUCUCCAGUGGGCCUCUUCACCACACAUUGGGGUCUACCUAUGAUCACGGCAGGGGCACCAGCAGUAGGCUUCCUCCGCGCCGAGGUCUACACCUCUAUUACUAACACAGGCCCUACACACAAAAAGCUGGGUGAGUUUGGCCUUCAUCUGUGUAGACACUUUGGCUGGGUCCAGCAUGCCCUGUUGAUGUUUGGAGACAGCAAAAUGAGUGAGCGUGAGUGCUAUUUUGCCAUCGAGGGUCUUUACGUGGAAUUGCACGAAGCCAACAUCACCACGGUGGACCUUGUGUUUGAGGAGGACAGCAAGUCCAUUAACUACUCUGAGCAUCUGCAUAAGAUAAAAGAAGAGGGCAGAGUGGUGUUUGCAUGCUGUACUCCGGAUAUCUUUCGACAGCUAAUGGUAAACUUCCGUAAGGCAAAUCUUCCUCAGGAAGAGUUUGUCUUCAUCUACAUUGAUGUUUUUGGACGCACGGUGGCAUCACAACCUGCCCGGCCUUGGGCCAGAGGAGACCCUGAUGAUGACCUCGCAAAAGAAGCAUACCAGAGUGUGAAAAUCCUGACGUACAGAGAGCCACAGAAUCCAGAGUACAAAGAUUUUGUCACUGAUCUGAAAGCAAAUGCUAAGAAGAUGUUCAACUUCACAGUGGAGGACUCUCUGAUGAACAUAAUAUCUGGAGGCUUCUAUGAUGGCCUAAUGCUGUAUGCUCACGCGCUAAAUGAGAGUUUAGCAGACAGUCAGGGCCGACUGUCAAGAGAAAGUGUCACCAAAAGGAUGUGGAACCGAACAUACUAUGGUGUGACCGGACUCGUGCAGAUAGAUGAUAAGGGAGACAGAGAGACUGACUUUGCUUUAUGGGACAUGACUGAUACCAACUCCAGCAUCUUUGAGAUUGUUGCUGUGUAUAAUGGUACUAAGAAACAGAUGGAGACGCUGCCUGACAUGGCCUUUCACUGGCCCGGAGGCAGUGUUCCUCCUGACAUGCCUUUCUGUGGUUUCAAGAAUGAUAACCCUGCCUGCAUUGCACGGACCAUCACAAUGCACCAGAUGGUGUCAAUUGUUAUGUUCUUUAUUCUUGUCAUCAUCUUUAAUGUCACCAUCUUCAUAUAUAGGAAGCUGAAGUUAGAGAAGGAGCUGGCUGCUCAGCUCUGGCGGAUCUUUUGGGAGGAUUUGCACAUGAGCAAUCUGGAGAAGGUGCUGCGCAGUGCAGGCAGCAAACUGACCCUCUCCCUGCGAGGCUCAAACUACGGCUCUCUACCCACUGCUGACGACAACUUCCAGAUGUUUGCUAAGACUGCCUACUUUAAGGGAAACAUUGUGGCUAUCAAAUUUGUCAACAGGAAACGCAUUGAACUGACCAGGACAGUGCUGUUUGAACUGAAGCAUAUGCGGGAUGUGCAAAACGAUCAUUUAACUCGCUUUAUUGGGGCAUGCAUGGAUCCUCCCAACAUCUGCAUAGUCACAGAGUACUGCCCGCGAGGCAGUCUGCAGGACAUUCUGGAGAAUGAAAGCAUCACACUCGACUGGAUGUUUAAAUACUCUCUGAUCAAUGACAUUGUGAAGGGAAUGGCCUUCCUUCAUAACAGUGUGAUUGUAUCCCAUGGUAAUUUGAAGUCCUCAAACUGUGUGGUGGAUAACCGCUUUGUGCUGAAAAUCACUGACUAUGGGCUGUCAAGCUUCAGGGCUGAAUCCAACAGCGAGGACGCUCACUCUUACAACGCACGGAAGUUGUGGAUGGCUCCGGAGCUGUUGAGGAUGGGCAGCCCUCCUGCAGGCGGAACACAGAAAGGAGAUGUCUACAGCUUUGGCAUCAUCCUGCAGGAGGUGGCACUGCGCAGAGGCGUCUUCUACAUAGAGGGCGAGACACUCAGCUCUAAAGAGAUAGUGGACCGUGUUGCUCUGGGUGAGUGGCCGUACCUGCGGCCAGCUGUUAACACCCAGGCACACAGUGAGGAGUUGGGGCUCCUGAUGCAGCGCUGCUGGGCAGAGGAGCCUGCAGAGAGGCCAGAGUUCAGCCACAUUAAAGUACUUCUGCGUAAACAGAACAGGGAGCACAGCAGGGAUAUCCUGGAUAACCUGCUGUCUCGGAUGGAGCAGUAUGCUAAUAAUCUGGAGGAGCUGGUGGAGGAGAGGACGCAGGCUUACCUGGAAGAGAAGCGCAAGGCAGAAGCCCUACUCUACCAGAUACUGCCCCAUUCAGUGGCAGAGCAGCUGAAGAGGGGGGAGACCGUGCAGGCUGAGGCUUUCGACUCAGUCACCAUAUACUUCAGUGAUAUUGUGGGUUUUACUGCCCUGUCUGCUGAAAGCACACCUCUGCAGAUAGUGACUCUCCUAAAUGAUCUCUACACUUGUUUUGAUGCUAUUAUCGACAACUUUGAUGUUUACAAGGUGGAGACGAUUGGUGAUGCCUACAUGGUUGUCUCUGGCCUGCCAGUCCGUAAUGGGAAGAUACAUGCAUGUGAGAUUGGCCGCAUGUCCCUUGCUCUGCUUGAGGCUGUCAAAACAUUUAAGAUUUCUCACCGACCGGACCAGCAGCUCAAACUGCGCAUUGGCAUCCACAGUGGCCCUGUGUGUGCUGGUGUAGUAGGCCUAAAGAUGCCUCGGUACUGUUUAUUUGGAGACACAGUGAACACAUCAUCACGCAUGGAGUCCAACGGCGAGCCCUUGAAGAUCCACGUGUCAUCUGCCACACAUGAUGUGCUGCAGGAAUUUAACUGCUUCCAUCUGGAGCUGAGAGGAGAUGUGGAAAUGAAAGGCAAGGGCAAGAUGAGGACCUACUGGCUGCUGGGAGAGACAAAAAGCAGUGAGUGAAUGGAGUCAGGUGCUGAACAGGACCCAGACAGUACACCUAAAUCCCUGCUGCCAGGACGUCCGCCCUCCGUGUGCACAGUCCUUCACCUCUAUUGCAGUAUGCAGCAUUAUUAGAGUUGAACUCUAGCUUUUCUACUGAUGGAGAAACUAAGAUGUUUUAUACACUGUGAUCACCACUUAUUGAUAUUUGGCUUUUAUAAAUUAAACAUGUAAUGCCAUUAAGAUCCCGAGUGCACAUGUAAUCCCAUUAAACACAUCUAGUAGUGUAUAUGUGUCUCAACAUUUUGAGGUGUUUUAGAGAAUGGGUGCCAUCUGAGUCUGAAAAUUGAUAUUACUAUAACUUACAGGAUAGAAAUUCUGUUCAGUUUUAUUGGGAUUUUGUCCUAAUUCAACUGUGUAAUGUGAAAAUAAUGAUCAAUUAUACUACUAUAUAAUUUACAUGAAUAACAUCUGAAUUCACAUGAAUAACAUCUGUAUUUUCUUAAAGAUUGUACAAGUGGUUAUUUUCUAUGACAGGGUACACCUGGCAUUGCAUCUAGCUGUUGAGAUUUGCUAUUGUUUCUUCUUUUUUUGACAGUAAAUCUAAAUUAAUUCUCCAUAUCUCAUUUUUUGUCAGUACUCAAUUUUUGAGAUUAUAUAUACAUAUAAUGUAAGAGAAUCAUUUGACAGUGCUUACACGGUGUAUAAUUACACAGUGAGCCAAAAAGACAUUUGUUUUUUUACUUUCAUUUGAAAUGCACACUGUUAAUCACAGUUUUAACUUUUGUGCUUUGGGGGAAAUGGUUAGUAAAUGUUUAGAUAUAUAUACAUCUGAAAUACCGAAACACUCAUACAAUGUUUUGCAAAGUGUCAUUUGUUUUAUAAAAAAUAAAUAAAUGCUGAGCAAUAUAUGUUUUUAAUA